UAGACCGAUGGUGAAAGUAAAUUAGAUUCCUUCAUUGAUUACACGAGAGAACCGUGCAAAAUGGAGUCAUUUGGAAGCAAGACAAUCGUGAUUACAGGGGUGACCGCCGGUCUUGGACUGGCAAUGUGUGAGUAUUUUGUCGAAAGAUCCCAUAUUGUUAUUGGCUGUGGCAGGAGAGCUGAUAAAAUCGAUGAUAUAAAUAACAAAUUUUCCAAAGAGAAGAGUAAUUUUUUUUGCGUUGAUGUCAGCUCAGACGAAGAGGUUGAAGAAUGGGCCAAAACCGUGAUCCAACAAUUCGGUCCACCAGACCUCCUUAUCAACAAUGCAGGAAUUAUAAAUAGGAAUGAAAGAUUGUGGAAUAUUUCAGCUGAAGAAUUCGAUAAAGUGAUUGAUGUUAAUAUCAAAGGAACUGCAAAUUGUAUACGCCACUUUGUUCCAAGCAUGGUGGAAGCACAGAAAGGUGUCAUUGUUAAUUUUUCGUCUAGGAGGGGGAAAGCAGCAUGCUGUGAAGUCGCCCCCUAUUGUUGCACAAAAUGGGGUAUCGAGGGUUUAUCCAAAGCACUGGCUCUGGAACUGCCGGCCCCCAUGGCUUGUGUUCCUUUGAACCCUGGAGUUAUUAACACUGAAAUGCUACAAACAACUCUUGGAAGUAGUGCAAAGUACCACAUGACCCCUAAAACAUGGGCCAAAAGUGCUGGAGACCUGAUACUGAGCAUUGACAGAAGUUUCAAUGGAAAGAGCCUUGAUGCUUGAUGAUGCUCAAACAAAGGUGCACGAUGGUUCUUUGAUAAAUAUACUACAUUCACUCAAGACUAUUACUAUGUUUGUGGUUAAUAAAAGUUAUUAAAAAUUCUUUGUUCAGUGCACUUCAGUGACUUUCAAAAUAUCUGGAAAUUCUCUUGACCAAUCCACAAUGCAUCACUAGACAGAACAGCUCAAUGUUAAUCCCCAUUGAUAACAUCUCCAUUUUCUCAUGACAGCAGUCAAUCAUUUCAAGAAGAAAGGUAACAAAACUAACAGGUAAAAAACCCUGCAGGUAAAAAACAACUUUGUAGUAAAACAUGCGAUUCCGCUAUGGGCAGCAUUCAUUGGAACCCAUAUUAUGCAAACAAGUACAACGGCGACAUGUUUCGGAUCAUUGGCAGAUCCCGAUCGUCCUUCAAUCUAUCAUUAUUGGAAACUAUCUACAUAAACAUGAAAAGACGCUAUUGUGUAGACAAAGGAGUUCGUUUUCACCUUAGGACUCCAUUGGUAACAUUCUCAAUAGGCAAGCGGCACUGAUUGGUCAACCUCAUCAGUCAUGUGCUAGUGUUUCUAAUUGGCCUAUUUCGAUCCACAAUUGGGUAUAUUCAUUUCCUAACGUAGAGUAUUCGAUCCAUGUUUUGACGUUUUAAACUCUGAAGAGUAUCAGACGAGAACAAAUGUUUGCUUUUUCUAAGCCAUUUUUAAAUUUUGUACCACCAAAAGAAACCAAAAGAUUGUUUGCAAAUUUCAAGCAGACAUAAAAGAAGAUUUUAAGGAUCUCAUCACAUUCGUUAAGCUUAGAGGUAUGCUGAGGUGGGCCAGUUUCUCUUUAUCCUUUCUUAGUUUAUGGUUGCAAACAAAUUUAUUACCACUCUCAGUGCCGUGCCAAAGGGCUAUUGUGUAACAGUGAUAAGACCUCCUCAAAAUCCUUGUCACUUCGAGUAGGUAACGAAAUGGUUCGAGAGUGAACACAACUCGUGUUGAGGUUAAUCACUGACUGAAUUACUAAACAAAGAAUAAGUGUUAUAUGCAAACGAAAGCGAGGUUAGCAUAAUUAACACGUAUGAUAAUUAAUGACAUGCAUUCCUACUACAUUUGCAUUCCUCUAGUGCCGUAGUGGUACCUUUGUGUCUGAGUUGGAUAUAACGAAAUUGCAAACUGAACUUAUGUAAUUGUUUUUAACUGGAUUGAAAUUUAGCAGAUUACUUGCAAAAUACUCAUGUUAUUUAGUCUAAUGAUCCCAACGAAAGCGGCAUUAAAAAUAAUUUCGAUCUCUGGAUGGUUGCCUCUUUGGCAGAAUUGACAAUAAUCCCAAGGAGUCCGGCAAGUCCUUUUGUAAGCUCGGUUUCAAUGUUUUGAGUAAUACUGCUGUCAGUGUUGCAUUCCUUUCUCUACGGAAAACAACUUCAAUUUGAAUUUCUGGUACAAAAUUGAGGAUUCAAAUAAACUUGUUUUUACGACCGACUUUUCGAUUUGUAAGACUUCUCGUGCUUUGCCAUGGUUGCUUCAAGGUAAGGAGAGUAUUUGGGACGUUUUGUACAAUCGGAACGGAAGCGAAUCUCUUGACGUGAUAAAGAAGGUCAUUAACAUUUCAUAACAUCAUUCAUCUCAUCAUAAUUAAAAAACUCUUAAGAAACAAUGAGUAUUGACAUUUCCAGAACAUUAAGAAGCUGGAUUACUCAACAUCGACCUUUGUUCCUUUUAAAAAAAUGAGUGUAUAUGCUUCUGCUUGUUCAAAAGAUCUUGAUGGAAUUUUGCGUUAUGUUUAGAUCUAUAAUCGAAAUCCAUGUCAUUUCUACACUCUAAGCAUUUUAUCUUGUUUCGCUUUGUGCGAGCUCUUUGCUUCGGUGAAAU